AAGUCUCUCACGUCUUUCCCAGAGAAAGUGACGGGAAACGAAAUCUAACCGGGAUAAUAAACCUAAAACCUAAAUCACUGUUUUGGAACUCCUAAAGAUUCGUAAUUUUGGGUUUCAUCGACAUGUCCCUUCUUCCGAUUUCGAUCGUCUCGUUCCUUUUCUUUCUCUGCCUUCAUUCGCCAUUCAUCGCCGCCGCUACAGAUGACGAUUUGCCGACGGCGUAUUCUGUCCUCCAAAGCUACAACUUUCCCGUCGGAAUCCUUCCUAAAGGAGUCGUAUCAUAUGAUCUAGAUGAAUCCACUGGCAAAUUUCACGCGUAUUUCAACAAAUCGUGCAGUUUCGCUCUUCAAGGCUCGUACCAGUUGGAUUACAAAUCUACAAUCUCUGGCUACAUAUCGGAGAACAAGCUCACCAAGCUUACCGGCGUGAAGGUCAAAGUCUUGUUCUUGUGGCUUAACAUCGUUGAGGUUGUCAGGAACGGUGACGAACUGGAGUUCUCCGUAGGGAUUACAUCGGCGAACUUUGCGAUCGAUGAGUUUUACGAGUCGCCGCAGUGUGGAUGCGGGUUUGAUUGUAAUUCGAUUAAGGAGAAUUUGGGAAGAAACCCUUUUGUUUCUUCCGUUUAAAGGAUCCAACCGAUGAAUUGUAUUUAUGAACCGAUCUGGAAUAAAAGGGUGGAGGCAUUUUUAUAUAUAAUUGGCACACAUUGAGACAAUUUCGUUUUGGCUGAUCAAUGGUUUGUGUGUGUUGCAUCCUACGAAUGUGUUAGAUCUUUGAUCCUUGGUGUCAGAUAAAAUCAUGGCGGUGGGUUCUUUGGAAGUUGAUUGUAGCCUAGUGAUGAUAAAUUUGUACCCCACAUUCUUGGGUUCGACCAACACCUCGUCAACGUUUUAGCUUUACUUCAAUAGAAGAUGGUUUUGAGAUCA